AUGGCGCACGAGACUGCGAACCAAAAGCGCAAGCGCGGCCGCCCGUCGAACGCGUCGCAGGAUACCACCAGCGCGUCGCGCACUCAAACCACCCUCACAAACAGCGGCACGAUCGCCAAUCCACGGUCGCAAGGUGGCCCCGAGGACGCCGACGAAGCUGCGCGUCCUCGGAAGCGUGGGAGGCCGGCAAGGACAGAAGCCGAGCCCGACGCACCAGAAGCAGAAGUAGAAGCUCCCGUGAAGAGAAAGCGAGGAAGACCAUCGUUGUCGCAAAAGCCACAAUACAGCGCCGAACCCGAGAACGCUGAGGAAGCUCCCGUCCCGGCGCCAAAGCCCAAGAAACGAGGGCGGCCUUCACAUUCGCAGGAAGAAACUCCUGCAGACGAUGUCGAGGAUGCGGGUGCAGCUACCACGAACCGACUGCUGAAGAAGCGCGGGAGACCCUCAACCACACGUGUGCAAGAAGAUGAACAUGAGCGACGAGGCGAUUCGUCACAGCCAAAGAAGCGCGGGCGGCGGCCAAGAGCGGUAGGAAAGGAGAAUGAGGCAGCAGAGAAUGAGGACGCAGCCGAGGCCGACGACGAACAGGAGGGAGACUCUAGCCUUCUCAGGAGAAGCGAAAGGGAUCGACAAUCCGUUGGAGCAUGGUAUAAGGGCACACAAGAGGAAGAUCAUGAACAAGAGGGGAGUCCAGAAACAGAAGAACGGUCUCGGAAGCCAAGGAGGAAGAAGGGGCGGCCUGUAGCCGAUCCAGAGCUCGGCGCUGAAGCAGCGGAGCCAGACACACAACCGAAAAAGAAGAAGCGAGGUCGCCCUUCACUACAGAAUGAUGCCGCGCAAGACACAGCGGAGAAGUCGACUGAGAAGCCGAAAAAGAAGCGCGGUCGGCCGUCUCUCGAAAAAGACGGUCAGAACGGUCAAAAGCCAAAUCACCGACAGCGGCAAUCUGAGGACGAAUUAGACCAAGAUUCAGCUCCUGAGAGGGCACCACGCCGUAAAGGCAGGCCUCGCACUUCAGAUACUAGUACACAUCGGCCGUCGCAAGAGCAUGCCGGAUCCCGAUCCCCCUCACCAGACCCAGCCCCCUAUCGACAUCUAACUACCCGCGUCCGUCGCAUUCCGCGAGACACCAUCACCAACAAGUGGUCGCCUCUGGAUGCGACGUCAAUAGACAGCGUCACAGAGCUGCUUCACUCGGCCUCGCGCCCCGUCCUCCUCCGCCUCAACAACCUCCAGAAGCACGCCCAAGCGACCGCGGCCCUCAACGCCAUCAGCAACCGUCUGCGGUCGCGGCUCACUCGCGGCCUGCCGUUCCCGCCGGCCACCACCUCCCAGCGGCGCGAGGACGAGCUCGAGUUCGAGCGCACCGUGGACGGCAUCCAGAGCCUGCAGGCCCAGCUGGACCCGCUGCUGCACGGCGUCUCGCUGCUACAGCGCGAGAAGGAGCGCGCCGAGAAGGAGCUCGAGCGCGAGUACAGGCUCCUGAACGCGCUCGGUGCCAACGCCCGGUCCGAGGCCCGGUCCAGACGGGACCAGCUGCGCAAGGUGCACACGCUGGUGCCGGAGCCGCCGAGCAGAGAGGACGCAGAGGCGAAGAGUGGUAUCGGUGAGCUACAGGCUGUCGACAAGGCCGUCGGCAAGACCUUCAUCGGCCUGGACGAAGACCAGGACCUCAAAGGCGCUGUGGAGCAGCUUGGAAACCAUAUUGAGAGUAUGCGCGGCAACCUCCAGCAAGUCCAGGGCGUCCUGCCUGCGAUUGCGGACAGCGGUGCUGCGUUGAGGUUGGCGUUGCUGCCACACUUGGAUCAGGAGUCGUAUGAGAGAGUGCUACUUGGCUAG